UUGGUUUGCGUUACCGGUUUUGCUUUUUUGUACUCCUCGUCCACGCGGUGGCACGCAGUGAUGGUACUGUUCUCUUGCGACCCCAGCCGGAUGUUUUUUGUCAGUAGGUCGAGCGGCGCGCGUGCGCAGUACAGAGAGCCGGAGAGGGCUGUGAGGGGGGCGAGCCCGGCCGUGUGUCUGUUGUUUCAGACGCCGAGGACAUUAUCAGUGAAGAGUGAGGGAAAGAUUGUGCGUUUCCUUUUUCUUUUGGGGGCAGGGAUGGCAAGCAUUAAGCUGAUUUCUGCAGCAGAUACUCAAUACCCUGGAACCCUGCUGAAGUGUCUUAGCGAACAGCGCACAUUAGGACUUUUCUGUGAUGUGACCAUCAUUGUACAGGAUCGAAAAUUUAGGGCUCACAAAAAUAUUCUGUCUGCCUCAAGUUCAUACUUCCAUCAACUUUUUUCAGUUGCUGGUCAGGUGAUCGAGAUAAACUUCAUAAAACCUGAAAUUUUUGAAGAAAUCCUUAACUACAUUUACAGCUCCAAAAUCAUCCGUGUUAGAUCCGAUAUGCUUGAGGAGCUCAUUAAGAGUGGACAGACAUUAGGGGUCAAGUUCAUAGCAAAUCUUGGUUUGCCUUUGUCCCAGGUGAAGGGUAUACCUGGCUUAUCGAAAGACGAAUCACAGCAGGAUGUAGGAUCUGGAGCGGCAUCUCAAGAACAAGGUGCAUCUGGAAAGAAUAAUUCAAAAAAUGACCAGAAUGCACAUGACGCAAAUGUAGAAAUAAUGCCUAUAAUUACAGAGGCUUAUUCACUAUCUGCUGAAGAAUUCACACAGUCAGAAAGUUACGACGAUAAUGACAAUGAUUCUGAUAGUGAUGAUGUCAUUUUCUGCUCUGAGAUUGUUGCCCCUAAAUCUACACUAGGCAGCUCAGCUAAUUCAGUCUCUGAAGUAAUAGACCUGGAGGCAGAAAGUCAAGAAGAGAAUACUAGCGUAGAAAAUAGCAAUGUUGCUCCUGUCAGCAACUCCUCAGGGUUGAAUGAAGAAAGUAAUGAUAAUUCAGACUCAGAUGGAAAAAACAAUUUACCUGAAACUGUGGAUGACCCAAAGCCAGUGUCUGCCACUGUGUCAGCCUCAAGCCAGCUAGAUUCAAAUUCUGUUGUCUGCCCCCCAAAACCCGCCUCUUCUGAUGCUACUGCCAAUUUGUCUUCUCCUGCUGGCUCUUCUUCUUGGGAUAGCUUUUGCAGUCCUCCUUCUACUCCAGUUCCAGUGACAAAUUCCCCAAUAGAAGCAUAUCCUAGUCCUAAAGAGAAAGAAAAUCAUGAGGGAAGUGGAGUACAGAAGAAACAAGUAACUGCUCUAUUGGAGAAGUCACCCUCUAGACCUGGAGAGUUUAAAAUCAAGCUCUCAGAUGUGGGUACUGGAAGCACUUCUGCUAAAACUGUCCCAUCAAAUAGUCCAAAGAAUCUUUUAGCUGGGAAAACUAUCACCUUAGAUAAAUCCGCUGAGAUUGAUGCUUUGUCUACAGGCUGUAAAGUGUAUGCCAAUAUUGGGGAAAACACUUAUGACAUUGUCAUACCAGUAAAGGAUGAUCCUGGUGAAGGAUAUUCAAAGGACAGUGACGAAAAGAAAGCCAAAAUGUCCUCGCCAGAUAUUCCAGAUUCCCCUGGUCGUAAACGUGUAAAAGUGAAACAUGAUGAUCAUUAUGAGCUUAUUAUGGAUGGUAAGAUCUAUUAUAUCUGCAUUGUUUGUAGACGGUCUUAUGUGUGCCUAACCAGCCUACGGAGACACUUUAACACACAUUCCUGGGAGAGGAAAUAUCCAUGUCGAUAUUGUGAUAAAGUGUUUGCUCUAGCAGAGUACAGAACAAAGCAUGAAAUUCACCAUACUGGAGAGCGCCGCUACCAGUGCUUGCUAUGUGAGGAGUUUUUUAUCAACUACCAGGUGUUGUCUUCUCAUUGCAAAUCCAUUCACAAUCAGGAUCCAUCAGGAAAGAAAGAAAAGGAUGAUGCUGAAAUCAAACUGUACCGGCUUUUGCCUUGCAAGUCUUUGCAACUUAGGCCAUAUUCCUAUGUUUCUAAUCCUUCAGGCAAAAUUCCAGUUAUAAAUGAUGAAGGACUUGUAUAUCAGGUACCUGACAGCAAACCACCAGCAAAUGAUAAUACACAGUCCCAACCACUUCCAGCUACCAAGCAGGCUGUGAACUGGGAUGAUAUAUUUGUUCAUCCUGGUAGUCAGCCUCCUUCUUACAUGCAUCCUCCUGAAGGCACUUCUGAAUUCGAAUUUAUUAUACCAGAGACAUAUUAAAAUGGGUAUUGAUUGUGGAAGGUAACAGGCAGCAAGUAUGGCCUGUUCUCAUGGGUCCAAGAAAAACUCCUACACAAAGCUGUUGGUUCUCAGUUUAGAUCACAGGUAGGAGAUUUUAGUACUUUUGCAGUGGCUUGCUGUAGAUGGACUUUGAAAGACAUUGUGGUCAUUUUCCUGUUUUAUUAUUGGUUUAAAAUAUGGAAAAGUUCAGCGUACUACAUUUUUUUUAUACAACAUCAUUUUUAAUAAAAAAAGGGUGAUUUGGUUUCAGCUGCUUUAGAAGGGCAUCAAAGAACUCCUCUAAUUCCAGUAUCUCUGAAACUGGCACUUGCAUCUCUUUGUUAAAUUUUAACAUUUUAAAGGAACAAAUGUUUCUCAAAAUGUGAAAUGAAAUAUUGAAGAAUUUUAGCAGAAUCAUUUUCUGACUUGAACCUCUUGCAUUCUUACCUGCGUUCACAAAAAGCACACCGAAAGUAAAGCAGAUUUCUGCCACUCCACACUUUAUAUUAUAAACUUUUUGUUUAACAUGAAAUAAACCUAUUCAAAAACAUUUAAAAUGCAGCAACUUCUUCAUAUCAAGGUUUUAACAUAUUUACAGAGUAUGCUCAGAAUUCUGCCCGACCAGGAUGGGAUAUGUCUGAACAGUUAACAGGAAAAACAAAUAACAUGUGCUUCUACUCUUCCCUUGUUAUGAUUUUCAUGUUGAUAAAAGUAUUGGGCUUCAGGUAUCCUAAGAAUUAUAUCCAUGUUUAAAAUUUAACAUGGGUGAUUUUUGUAUUUUGUUGUAGUAGUCCUUUUGACAUAUUUUACAUUGACAUCUAAACUAAAUAAUUGUCAUAUUGGUGAUGUGAAAAUAUUAGUUUAUUAGGCUCAUUAAAGUUGUAACAUCACUAUAAGGAAAUAAAAAAAAUCAAAAUGCUUUAUUGUCUAGUCUGAAAUUUAAAGUAAAAAUUAAGAGCAUUUUCUGUUCAUCACAGUACCUAAUAUUUUUACACUUUGCAUUAUUGUGUAUCAGGAGUAAAGCAAGACUAUACAAAAUCUCUUACCCACAAUGGGAGAAGUGACUGUUCGAUUGUUUAAUUUUCUGAUUAACUGUAAGUUAAUGUCUUUAUUCUUGACAAUGAAUUUUGAGCUGUUCUGUUUUGUUUUUCCAAUAGCAACUAGGUAGAUUCAAGCAAGUUCUGGUUCUUGUUUUGUUUCCCUUUCAUUUUUUUCUAAGGGUUCAUGGAACCUAACUAUGAAAUUUACAUUCAUGGUUGUUUCUUGCUUUUUAUGUGGAUCUUACACCAAUCUGAUAAAAACAAGGCAAUGGUCAUUUUACAGGCACUAUUAGGUUACAACCUUGAUUGUAAUGUAGAUGUCCAGUUUACGUGAGAUUUAUUUUUCUGUGUGUUAUCUUUAAACAUGUAUUUUAAUUAUUGUUUGAUGUUUUGUUAUACUGACUUUUUAUGUAAAAUGGAUAAAUACUCGUACUGGAUCACUGAGGUGGUACAAUUAAUUGACAGUGUUCAAGCUGACAUUUCAAUGUGUGAUAUUUUAUUGCAUAUAAGCAAAGAAGCUAUUAGAAUCUGGUAUCCUGCCAGUGUAAAACAAUGGCAAGAAAAAUUGAAACAAGAGUUUGGGGAAAUGGGUGUAAAUUUUUUUUUUUUUUCUUCUGCAGUAACUUGUUCCCAUGCAACUGUAAUGGUAAGUAAGCAUAUCUGUAUUGCGUACAUUUAAUGUAAUUAUUCCACAAAAAUAACCUUCUUUUAGAGUUCUUUCUUGUAAUUCAAAAACACCUGGAACCAGACUGUUAAGUCUCUUUCUUGCUACUGAGACUAUUGGAAAAGUGACAAUAGAGGGCCUUCGGGAAAAGUUUUCAAUAGUAGUACUCUCUCCAAAAAAAAAAAAGUGCAGAUUCUGAAACAUUGAGAAAUGUGGUCGGUGUCCAUCUACUAUUGUCCCAUGAUGCUUUCAUUAAUUGUGGUUGUUGAUUUAAAAGAUCACAUUUUAUCCAUUGUUUGUAAAGUCAGUUUUUUUUAAUUCACUUAAGUUUGGUCAUGUUGUACAGCAGUGAAAAACUUAGAAAAAGCUAUUUUCCUUCAUGCAGGAUACAUUGAGUGCUUUGCUGACAUGCUGUGUUGGCAAAAUGAACUACUUUCCUCACUACAAAGGCAUUCAUUUAACCUUUUGUUGCAUUAAAUUGCAUUGUAAUUUCAAUACAUAGUACUUUUAAUUUGUAACAAAGGUGAAACAAAUUAUAUUUUUGUAUAUUUAUAUUUAUAUCUUGUGUUAUACUGUGAUUACCUGCUUAGUUGACAUACUUUGAAUCCUGAAUUUCCCAAUUUUUUUUUUAUCUAUACGUUUAUGGGGAAAAUGUGUGUGAAAACUCUUGGAAAUGACAGGUUUACAGUUUAAAUACUACUGUUCACUUUGAUAUAGUUUUUGAAUCUUUCUUUUUUCAUGUACUAAGAAAAUGAGUGUCUGUUAAAAUGUCUGUCCAUAUUCAAAGCACUUUGAAAUAGUAUUAACCAUUAGAGGCACAAUAAAAUCCAAAAUGAUUCAUGUAAAGUUUAUUGUCAUGUACAUAAUACAAUGAAAUUCAUACUUGCAUGUCUCCUUAGACAGUUGACAAAAACACAAUACCAAAAAGAAACACAAAAUGAAUGGUGCCCGAGUUGGACUGUAUUCAUGAACAUUUUAGCCCAUUGAAUAUCUUGAAUCCUUAAAGCUCUUCCUCCAACUGGAAAUAGUUCCAAAAGUAGACAUGUAAUUAGAAUUUUGCCCAGUCUCAGUUGAAGUUGUGAAGUUUAGGAGUACAACGUCUGUUCAUCCUCUUUGCCAAAUGAGCAAUAAAUCAUUUAUAUAUAUUUUUCUAUUCUACAGUAGUAGAGCUAAAAUAUGCAUACAGGUCCACCUAUUUCUUUAUGUAUAACCUCUGCUGCAAUAAUGCCACUGUGCACUUAUCCGUCUUGAGAAGAUAUAAUCUAAAGCUUUUUUGAUUAUGCAUAGUCAACUUUUCCUUAUGAGGCUACAUGUUUAAUGUACUGUGUUUUAAAGUUAGUAAAAGUUGGCCUGUAGCAGCAGCUUUGAGCCCAAGGGGACCCUCAUAAUGGUGACUCAAAAACUAUUGAUCCAGUGCAGGCAGUGCCUGAGCUAAACUGGGGAAAAAAAUCCAUAUUCACUUGGGAACUGUAACAUCAUGAAACAUUUUAAAAUGCAUUUUAAGCAUGACACUGUAAUUUUUUUUUUUUAGCAAAGUAUAGUGUAAAAGUGCUCCGAUAUUAUUGGAUCCUGUAACAUACACCUUUUUUACUUUUAUGUUUAUUAAAGCCAUUGAAAUUGCUAACUCAUUUUGUCUCAGUUUUGUUCUGAGGAUGUGAUUGUUUUCCAUUUUGAAAUUAUUUUGCAUUUAUUUUAUACAAAAGUGGAAAUGUAUUAAAAGAUAAUACAGUGAUGCAUAUAUCUUACAGUGAUUGAAAAGCACCAUUAAGUGAGUGCAUUUAUGUAUUGCUAAUUGUUCAUUUAUGGGGACAAGCAGGGUAUCUAAAGUAAAGAACUGUGUUUGGAAAAGUCCAGAUGUUGAGAAUAUUGUGAUGACAAGGUGUAACUUAAUUGGUUAGUGUCAAAACAAUAUGAGGCAUUUUAACUUUAAGGAAAAAAGCAUAGUCCAGGCAUUUAUGAUCGUAGGCCGCAUGUUCUUUUAAAAUGUUUGUAGUUUUUGGUUUCGCACACAUUUUGGAUAUAGUGUUGUUUUUUUUUAAAUUUUAUAGCACAGUACUACAUUAAGUUGCAUUAGAGCAUUCACUGAUUUGGACUAGAUCCUGAAUACAAAAUUUUCAUAUUGCAGACAAAGUAGGUCACUUCCCUCUUGAUUAAGCUUGCCUGUGGUUCUUUUAAUUCUUCUUGAUCGUGAGCACCCAAAUCCUUUUACCAUUGUUAGAAAAUUCUGUUUCUAUGCCCUUUGGAUCAUUAGUUUAAACCUGUACAUCGUAAAGUCUGAGAUCACAUGAUGUUAGUGCAUUUAUUAUUUCAUGUGUCAGGAUAACAGAGGCAUUCACUUGAAUUAAUUUAUUAUGCAAUAUUAAUGUGAGUAAGUGGGUUUCUUUCCACAGGUAAACUAAUUAGGCUUGUUGGAAACUAUCAAUAGUCCUUGUGUCAAUGUGCAGGUUUACAGUGUAAAGCUGGUUUAUUCCAUGUGUCUUGUACUGCUUGGACAGGUUGUGACUCCUUGCCACCCUUUACUGGGAACUUUGGCCCAGGGAAUAGAUCAAUUGUUUCACUGUUACUAAGUGGAGAAGCAGCACAUAGGCAGCAUAUUUUAGUGUGUACUCAGCGUCGUUUUGAUGCCAUGCAUUUUCUGGCUUAUCAUUGCUUUAGGCUGUAUUUAAACUAUUUUCUGUGCACAAUACUUGAUCAAAACGUUGACUGCAAGCACUUAUACUAUAGUCAUUGCAUUUUUAUUGCAUUAAAGAUAAUGGAAACGAAAAAAAGGAAAGUACUUUUGCUUUUAGUGUCUGAGCAGUUAAAAUGUAUGUUAUGGUAAAUAUACUUCUGGACAUUUGUCUUUCUGCUCAGUGUGUUCUAAACAGAAACUUUCAUUUUUUUUAAUCUGAAAAAAGUAAAGGGGUAAAAUAUUAAUUGUCUUUGUAUAGUUUUGGAGUGGAUAAGAUUAUCUAUUUUUUCUUUUUAAUGCACUUGCAUUGGUGGAAAGGGUAGGGUUUUAGUGUUAUGAAAUCUUGCAGGUGCAGUUUAUUCUAGCAAAUAAUUCCAAAGCAACAUAUAACUUAGUUAAUAUUUUAACUCUUUGUGUUAAUUAAGCAAUGUGAUUGCAUCUUUUUCAAUUAAAAAUUUAUUCAGGGUUGUAAAACAAAUGGCUACAAUACCAAAUCAGUUGCUCAGUAUGAGGCAAAAAAAAGAAAAGGUUAUUUCCAUAAUUUUUUAAAAGUUUAAAAUACACAGUACAUACCACCUUGUGUUUGGAUGAAAGUAAACUCCUUUGGUCCUUUUAGCAAAUGUGUAAGUCCAUUAGAAACAACAACUUCAGUAGCAUUUAGACUGCAAGUUCAGCAUCACUGUUAAAUAGCUGAAAUUGGUCUGGAUUCUGCCACAUUUUCCCAAGGACUUUAUAUAAUGUACUGAUUUUAUUUUGAUGCUCUACAAUUCAAAGUAAUAUGUGGAUCAUUAGCUGGUACUGCUAACUAAUGCAAACACCUUAAAUUUAAAAUUUGUGCAUUAGCAGUGUAUGGGUGCAACCAACCCCUAAGUUUUCCCUAUCAUUGCCUUUUUAAAUUGCAUUGAAUUAAAUAUAGAGACACAACUUGCAGCAGGUUAUUCUUUAUUUAACUCCAGAAUGGUUAAUAUAUUGACAAUAAUUGGGAAUUUGAGGUUAGUCCUGACAUGAAAUUGAACCUGUGUGUAGCUGUGUCAUUGUCAACUGAUUAUAUAAUGCAAGUGCUGCUUUUCAUUGUGUUGAAAACAGUUGGUUAAAUGAAAAAAAGACAACCUUUGGAGUUCCUAGAUGAAAUUUUUAAAAAUGUUAAAAUAAAGCAUGACAAUUGCAGAUCCUAAAGCAUUCUUUGUUUUUUUAUUUUGCUUAUUUUUUUCUCUUAAAGGGAUACUUUGUUUAGAGUCAACUAACAGAAUAGUUGAGGCAAAUGGGACUUAAAAGUAAAAGAAACUUGAAUGACUCCAAAAGACAAAGACAUUACUAAGAAACAUGACACAUUUAAAUUGUAUCUGAAUAAAGUAUCUUUUUCGUACAAAACACCUUGCCUGAUAAAGGGCCUUAGCUGCCUCAAAAGCUUGUAUUUAUAAUCUGUUUAGUUAGCCAAUAAAAGGUGUCGUUUCACCCUACCUUCUCCUGUACAAAACAGUUGAAAUUCAAAGGAAUCGUCAUAGCAUAGUUUCAAGCAAAAACUAAGUAGAAGAGGGAGCCAUUUCUUUCUGCUUCAGCAGUGAAACACCGUAUAAAGCAUAAAGUAAUUUAGUUCUGACCAGUGUGUCAUUUUCAGAAAUUUAUUAACUAAUUGUCAAGUGGUUUGGGUAUUGGAACAUGUAGGUGAUAAUAGGUUGAGAUGAAUAGAUCCUGUUUCUAGAUUUAAAUUUAUGUGGGGUUUAAUUAAACAAUGUUUUUGUGUGUGGAGCAAAUGGUGUAUGUCAAAUCUUUUUAUCCAAAUAGCAUUUAAUAACAAGUACAAUACAGAUCUGAAAGUGAAAUAUUUAUAAAUAGCAUCUGAAAGUAGAUUGUUUAAUUUCAAAAGAGACUUGGGAAUAAAAGUUAACCCAUAACCCCUUAUACUUUUGUCAGUUUUUCACCAUGUGGUUUAUAGGAGCAUAUAGUUUGCAAAUUUUGUAUUUUUUCUUGUUUGAAGCAUUAUACUUUUAAACACUUUAAUGAAGCCAUUAAAUAUUGACUGCUUAAGAAAAAAAUCUAUGUGGAAGUCCAUCAGGUCGAGUAGAGCAACUUGAGCGUGAUGGACUGUGUAGUCUACUGUUACAUUCUGUAAAGGUUUUCAUUUUUUAUUCAUUUAUUUAUAACUGAUAUGUAAUUAAUUUACUAUUCUGACGUGCACUAAUUUCAACAGUGCAACUUUGUUUCUAACAAUGAAAUUUGUAAACUAAUUGUAAAUAAUUGUAGUAAAACUUUUUCUUCAUCCGAGGAUUUGUUUUAUGUAUUUGAGAUCUUAUUUAUAUAGGUCUUAGUUUCCAAAAAGGAAAUAAAACUAUGAAUCCAAGUUUAAGUCUGUGUUUGUCUUUGAGGAAAUGCAGAAGUAUAUCUGUCAAUAAUUUUUAAACAAUGUAAAUGUUCCAGUUUAUUCUUAUGGUAUAUAUGUUCUGUCUUCCCUUUUAGUGUAAUUUUGAGUGUUCAGUACAGUUCUCCAGUGGCUAUCUGUAUGAGUUUUCACGAUAAACAACAAAACUUUUUACAAGGAAAAUGUCAUACAAAAAAGGUAUUUUGUACAUUUACAGAUUUUUUUUGAGCUGCUUUAGUCAAAGGCGUCCAUUAUCAGAUUAUACUUUUUAUGAUAAUAACAUGCAAAUGAAAUAGUACCAAACUUUGCCAAUGCCGUUACUACCUCACAAUGUAUGGACCUAAGCUCAUUGCCAACCUUAGAUGCCUUUUGCAUAGCGUCUAUAUUUGCAUUGUGUUCCUGUGAAAUUCCUCUGACAGCUAGGCAUAUUAGGUUCAUCAAAAUGUGUGAAGUGUGAAUGAUUCUUAGUACUUCAUAGUCCUUGUCCUAGCCAGAGGUGAUGUUUUACUUGUGAUCAUUGUUUCCAGGCUAGCCUUCGGCUCCUUGCCACAUUGCACUAGAGCAGUAUUUUCGGAAAUUGAAUGACACAAAUUGAGAUCCUUUUGUUUUCUCAUUUUCUUAUAACACUUUUUGUUUAAUUUAGCCAAAUGUUUUAUUGAUAUCAUUUUGUAUUAUCAUUGUGCAAGGACCUAUGUAUUAAAGUUUCUGUGUAUUAAAAUGUAAUUAAAUAAUCAAUUGAAUUAAUGUCAGAAGAAGGAGGGGUGGUGAAGAUGUGAUGAAGGCAAGUUAGUAAAUUAAGUAAGUUAAACUUUAAAAUGUAUUUAACUGAUUUUGAUGUUCAGGGCUAAUCAAUAGAAAUUUCUUAUAUGGCUUGGAAGAAUUCAUAUUUUUUACAUUGCAUAUGCAGAUGACCUUUAUUUUGCAGUUAAAUUCUGUUAUUGAUGCAGUUACUGUAUGUUGCUAAUUGUUAAAAAAAAAAA